CCAAAUUUUAGCAAGUGUAAUCGGAGAACGGUGUAAAGUGCAUCUGUUUUGUGUAAAAUAUCUAUAAAUAAUAUUAAAAAAAUGUCCUGUGGGGCGGAAUGUCUGUCCCUCGGUCCCCCACCGGACUCCAUCCUGCACAUGCCUCCGCCGCCACUGCCCGCCUUCCUGGCCAGUGCUGCCAACCUCACACCACCAUGCAGGGCCUCCAAGUGUCCCCCUCACAGGAACAACGAGGAGAACUCCUUGUUCCCUGGAGUGGAGUACCAUGAGCUACCCAGACAUGGUGAGAUACAGCCUGCGACUAACGACGACACCUGGUUCCUCGUGCUGAUCACCUGCUGCAUCGCUGUGCUGUGCAUAGCUGCACUACUGGCGUUGUUCCUGCUCAAAUGCAGAGAUUGGAAAAAAUCUCAUGGGUUUUUUCUCGACAGGGCACGAGGAGGAUGCAAGAGCGGUACUGGUAAGGCAUCAGGCUCCAACGCAUUAUACGGAGGAGCAGCCAUUGACUCGCGCGUGCUAUGGGCAGCGCUGACACCGAGAGGCACGCGACACUUCGUCGCCGACACCUACCCACACGACGAGACCGAGGACCAUCACUACGAGUGUGUAGAGCCCCCGCUAUACAAACUCGGCCCACCAGAAGACCUCGCCAUUCCACGACAUUUCAACGUAGAAUAUGAAGACCCUGCUCCACUAAUUGAGAGCUACAGUGAUAGAACUGAAGAAUACUUCCGGAAUGGCAUGGAUACCCUUCGCCGUGGAAACCGGCCUCUCGUCUCCUCACCAACAAGGAUCGAACGACCCAACCUGCCUCCUCUCAACCUGCAACCACGCACCCUGCGGAGGGCCCCUCACUCCCGCCGAGUGAGUGAUGCGAAUAAUCCGGAGAAAUCGGCCAUCUGAACCGAGAGUGGCGCGGUCUUUUCCGUCGCCGAUACUACCGAUAUCGAUUACGAUUGGCAAUCGAUCGAGAACUCGAAUGUUGAUCGUCUCGUUUGAGGACCACUCUUUGCUGACACAGUAUGUUCAAGUGUUUGGCACCUGGACUGAAGUUUUAAAAUUUGCUCUGGACUUUUUACUUAGAACGCUUAUCCGCAUAACAAGCAUAUAGUGAGAAAUUCACGAACAUAGUAAGAAAUAGAUUACUUAUUGGUAACUGCUUGUACUUCUUUCAACAAUAUUUUAUAAAACGUAAAAGAAAAUAGUAGAAGCACUCGCAGUAAACAGCUUUGCAGUAGAUAGCAAAUGCUUUGUGUGUCUAGCAAUUCAAAAUUGAUUGAAAGAAGUACAAAUACAAAAAUAAUGUAAGUAGUAGGUAGGUCUAAAGGUUUUAGAACCAAGCUUACGAAGUGCAUCAGUGUCCAUAAUUUUAAUAGAGUCAGUGUGUGCUAACGUAAUUGUAACUCGGUAGUAACUAGCUCACUUUGUGUAAAUAACAUAGUUUUAUAAAAAACUUAUUUAAUUUUAUUCUACGUGCUAUUGUAUAUGCUAUGAAGCUAGUCUAUUAAUAUACGGUCACAAUUUCUAGUCAUUUUACCACAUUGUGACACUUGUACUGUAUGUCUGUAAUCGAUAAAACUAUACUGUCUGUUAGAAUAUUUUAUUUCAUUUAUAUUAAUUUUAUCACGAAUUUUUGUACUUGUCAAUAAAAUAUUUAUUAUUUC